AUGGACAAAUAUGUAAUAUCGGAAGAAGAAGAGAUACUGGAUGCAGAGCCACCAUUUGAUGACUCGCUAAAAUCAGGCGUGAAGGUCAUGGAACUAAAAAAGAACACAAAGUUCGGGCAUAUCAUCGACUUUGUGAAUAAAAUGUUCGAGGAUGAAACUGUGCGACGCGUGAUUUUCCGCGGUGUGGGUGAUGCAGCUGAGAAGUGUGUAUCUUGUGUGGAGGUAUACAAACGGAAACGGCAGGUGGCAAGGUGGAGAACUAGCAACUGA